AUGAUGAUAAUAAAUAAUAAACGAAGCACUAAUUGACAACUUUUGGCUUUGUUGACAGAAGUGAUUAAGAGAUAGCACUAUAGUGAUCAGACAUGAGGCUACUGUUUCAAAUCAGUGUGCUACUAUUGACACUACAGAGAGGGACAUCAACAGAUAGUUGUCUUCCUGAAGAUCACCGAAAAAUAAGAUUAACUGGACCAAGAAGCAUAAAAAAUGAGGGAGCUGUUCAACUUUGUGUUUUAACCGAGAACGGCUAUCUCUGGUUCUACAUACAGACACAGGACGGUUGGACGAAUGAUUUCACAGCAGCAAACUUAGCAUGUAGAGAACUGGGCCUGAAUUACACAGGUGUCAGAGCAAACACAGUAUGGCUAAUGAGAAAUGCUGACACAGCGACAGGAACAAUCAAUUGUAACGAUGGAGAUGAGGAUUUAAGAGACUGUUUACCUGAUGUGUUAUCCGUACGCGGCAGGAGUCAAGUUGCUGGACUGAUUUGCAACUGCAUAGAAGGAGCCCUAAGACUAGUGGAUGGCUCCAGCUACAAUGAAGGACGAGUGGAGGUGUGCUCCAAUGGUCGCUGGGGUACAGUGUGUGGUGAUGGAUGGACAGAGAGAGAAGCUGCUCUAGUGUGUAGUAGACUGGGGUAUCCACAAGAGCAUGCCACUCUCAGCAACUUUGGAGAGGGUAGUGGUCCAUUGUACGAUAUUACUUGUCCAAGCACAGGAAGUGAAGACCAGGAAUGCAUACCCAUGAUAAGAUCUGCUCCAUCAUCUUGUACCCACUCAAUGGAUGUUGGAGUGAGGUGUCUUCCCUUCACUGAUGCUUGUGCUGUUCCUAUCAACGAAGUAACUGUCACAACAACAGCUCAGCAACCUCCAACACCAACACCACCAUCGUCAACGUUAACGAUUGCAAAAUCUACCACAACAAGUAUUGAGGGAGAUGUCAGUGAGGUGACUACUAACGACAAGCAACCAUCGACAAGCACCAAAACCUCACAACCAAGUGAUGGAAUUACAACAAACAGCAGUAUCACCCAGAGCACAGCCAUGAGUACUAGUGUGACAUUAGGAGCACUCAUUGGUCUAUUAGCAGCUUCUCUAGUGGUGGUUGUCACUGGAUGGAUUGUGUCGUGUGUUUACUUGCAGAGGAAAAUAAACAAAGGCCACACCCACUCUACACCCGUCUCUAGUAAUAACCACACCCUCCAACACACACCACAAGAUGAGGCAUUGUACGACACAAUCAAUGCCACAGUUACUAACCUGGAGCACAAUGAUACUGUGCAGUGCGUUCAAAAUGAAAGCUAUUCACUUGUCGGACAAAGGAAAAUGGACAAAUAAAAUUUGCAAAUAAUACAGGACAAAAUUCAUUUAAAAAUACCCUUAGCUUUUGUGAGUAGCAAUAGUUUUGCUAGAGCUGCAUACAUUAACAUUUGUAUUUAUUAGA